CAGACAGACAAGCCCAAGGACAAGGAAGCAGCUACUGGACCCAAGAAGGAAUAAAAUAGACCCUGAUUUUGGAACCUGAAGACCAAAGUGCAAGACUAGCUCUGCUACUUCUAUCUGUGGACCCUUGGGCAGGUAUCUCUGCGCCUUCACUUACUCUUUGUGAAAUGAGGACAGGGGCAAUCCCUACCCUACCAAGUCAUUGGGAGUGAGGACAUGAUGACACGGUGAUCGUGAAAAGAUUUUGUCAAUCGCACCAGCGUUGAGGGUGCCCAUCUCCAGGUUCCCCCAGGCCUCAAGGCUCCCAAGGCCUGAGUGGGUGGGUAGCACCCAGGUAUAGACCUUCCACGUGCAGUACCCAGGACACAGCCAGCAUGAACUGGGCAUUUCUGCAGGGCCUCCUGAGUGGCGUGAACAAGUACUCCACAGCGCUGAGCCGCAUCUGGCUGUCUGUGGUGUUCAUCUUUCGCGUGCUGGUGUACGUGGUGGCAGCGGAGGAGGUGUGGGACGAUGAGCAGAAGGACUUUGUCUGCAACACCAAGCAGCCCGGCUGCCCCAACGUCUGCUAUGACGAGUUCUUCCCCGUGUCCCACGUGCGCCUCUGGGCCCUGCAGCUCAUCCUGGUCACGUGCCCCUCCCUGCUCGUGGUCAUGCACGUGGCCUACCGCGAGGAGCGCGAACGCAAGCACCACCUGAAACACGGGCCCAAUGCGCCAUCCCUGUACGACAACCCGAGCAAGAAGCGGGGCGGGCUGUGGUGGACGUACUUGUUGAGCCUCAUCUUCAAGGCCGCCGUGGACGCCGGCUUCCUCUAUAUCUUCCACCGCCUCUACAAGGAUUAUGACAUGCCCCGCGUGGUGGCCUGCUCCGUGGAGCCUUGUCCCCACACUGUGGACUGUUACAUCUCCCGGCCCACAGAGAAGAAGGUCUUCACCUACUUCAUGGUGACCACAGCUGCCAUCUGCAUCCUGCUCAACCUCAGUGAAGUGUUCUACCUGGUGGGCAAGAGGUGCCUGGAGAUCUUCGGCCCCAGGCACCGGCGGUCUCGGCGUCGGGAACGCCUACCCGAUACGUGCCCACCAUAUGUCCUCUCCCAGGGGGGGCACCCUGAGGAUGGGAACUCUGUCCUAAUGAAGGCUGGGUCGGCCCCAGUGGAUGCAGGUGGGUAUCCGUAACCUGCGAGAUCAGCAGAUAAGAUCACCAGGUUCCCCCGACCUGAGGCCACCCAGGAAAACAGGCAGGGGCAGUGGCAUCCUUGCCGUAGCAGGGUGGUGAGGAGGGCGGCUGUCGGGGCUCAGGAAGCUCGCCCAGGGGCCAAUGUGGGAGGUUGGGGGUAGUUUGGUCCCUGGGUCCUGAGCCUCAGGGGAGGGAGGUUGAUGGUUAGUGGGGAUUUUGUAUAUGGCAACAGUGUAUGUCAAACCUCUUAAUAAAUAUGAUCUUCCCAGUACUUUGCAGACCAGGUGGGGAGUGGCCAAUAGGAAAACGGGGGGCAGGGGGAAUUAGGUGGACCUCAGAGAGGAUGCCGAGACUACUCAGUGAGCACCUGAGCACUGGAACCUCAGAUCCAGGCUCACCCAUCACCCCCCAACACACACAGAGUGUGACCCCAGGAUAUGGUGGGCUGUGCCCAAAGGCAGAGGCUACUCCAGGGGCCUCGGGGUUCUGCAACCAGCUGGCCAAAGCAGAAGGAGAGGAAUCCCAGGAGACCCUGUGCCCAGCAGAGUCGGUUCUCAGUGAGGGUCCAUCACAGGGAUGAGCGUGGGUCGGGCCUCCCUAGCCCUGCCCAGCACAGGUCCUGGAUAGGUGAGUCCCUUCUGACAGUGGGAGGGGCAAGGCUGAGAGCAAGCCAGGGAUGGGAAUCUGUCAAGGUGCCAAGAGGCACAUCCUACAGGCCAGGGCCCAUUGAGAGUGUCUGAGCUGAAAGGUCCCUCGUGGAUCCUGGAAUCUAUGGAAUUUCAUGUUCUUUUUCACUGAUACAACUUCCCCAUUCCAUACUCCCCCACCCCACCACCACUCAGACUUUGGCAACUCCCAGAACCACACCUCCACCCUAACAUGCCUCCAAGUCCCACCAAAUGCCCACUGGACAAUUCCCUGGGAGGCCCCCAGGCAUCUCAUACUCGCCACUCCCAAGAUGACCUCAUCAGCUCAACCCAGACCUGCCCCCUCGAAGAUGCCCCACCCCAUCUCAUGCAGGACACAGCUAUUCACCCAGCUGCCCAAGCCAGGGGACGGGACAAGCCUGACAUCCUUGUCCCUCACACCCCACGUCCCCACUGGCACCAAAUCCCACUGAUUCCAGUACCUAAAUGCCACCUGAAUCUGCUCUUCCUCUCCUUACAAUAACCUAACUACCUCCUGGACUUCCCCCAUCUGCCCUCCGCUACGGGGAUGGAGUGAUUUAUCUGUCUAUGCAACUGAUCAUGUCAUUCCUCCUGCUUUAAAAUUUCUUCCACCAUCACCAGCCCCAUGCCCUCAGCAUGGCCCCCGCUGAUCUCCCCACCUCAUCCCAGCUUCCUCCCCCUUUCUACCUGCCAGUAAUACCAAAGGGCUCCUGGUUCCCCAGGCAGACACGUCAUGUGGUGUCAUUCCUUGUGCCUUCGUCAUGCUAUUUCCUCUGGCUAGAAUGCCCUUCCCACCUCCUCUGUGACCCUCCCUCAAACCUCUAGGACAGCUUUACCCAUCUCUCCAAGUGCCAGCCUCGCUUGUCCCUCUGCCACUCUCCCCAAAUCGGAAUUGUCACUUCCCCUGAGUGUCUCCCUAUCAGUCUGUGAGCCCUUAAUGGGCAGGUCACUGAGUCAUCCAGGUCCCUGCUGCCUUCAAUAAAUGCUUGUUAGAUGA